AAAUACAAUUGUUGUGUAUCUACAACUACAUAAUUAAUAGAAAUGUAUGAAGCUGGUGAGGCGCUUUACAACGCGAGGCACCGCGAAUACAAAAACAGAUUAUGGAGAUUGGAGACUUAACCUCUCUCUGCCCUGUAGCAAGGAAUUGGAGUGUUACAGCGAGUCUGUCUUCUGCAGAUGUAGCAGUUCUUAAAAUUGAUCGUAAUGGCUACAACUGACACUAAGGACGGCAGUUUCGCAAGUGAUAUGGGUGCUCUGUUAGAAUCCGGCGAGGGUGCGGACGUGACCCUGGUGGUCGGCACCUCACAGCUGCCGGUCCACAGUUUCGUGUUAGCGGCGAGGAGCCCCGUCUUUGCCGCCACGUUCCGGAAUGACAUGAAAGAAGGCCGCAGUCGUCGAAUCGAGAUAACUGAUGUGCGGGAAGCUGUGCUGAGGCAGCUGCUGCGUUUCGUGUACACCGACGAAACUCCACAGCUAGCGAGCAUGGCAGCCGAGCUGUUGGCCGCCUCUGACAAGUACGACCUGCCGUUGCUCAAAAAGAGGUGCGAGCAGCAGCUGGCGCAGGGCCUGACUGUGGACAACGCUGCCGCCACUGCAGUCCUAGCUGUGCUGCACUCCUGUUCGCGGCUCGAGAGUGCAGCUGUGAACUUCAUAGCGAGCCACCCCGAGGUGAUGAUCUCUGCCGGUUGGAUAAAUAUGCUGCGGAGCAAUGCAGAGGCCGCAGUACAAAUCUGCACUCUAGCGGCGGCGGCAGCACCAAACAUCAGGACUUCACCUGUGAAGCAGACUUCACCUGUGAACCAGACACAGAACAUGGCAGCAAGGCUGACAGAGGCAGCUAAAUGUGGCAGAGUGGACGAGCUGCAGAACCUGCUGGCCGAAGGUGCACCAGUUGAUGCGAGAGAUACCAGUGGGUUCACAGCCCUGCACCUGGCAGUGAUGAAAGCUGGUGAAAGUAAGUUCAUAGUCUCAGAUGUGGGACUGCACACUGUCAAGUGUCUGCUGAAUGCGGGGGCAAAUGUCAAUGCGGAAGACUUGAACAAGCAGACACCUCUGCACCUGGCUGCUUAUCGAGGUGAUUUGAAGAUCCUGUGGGUGCUGCUAACGUCGCCAGUGCAGUUAAAUGCCCGCGAUCGUUGGGGGAAAACGCCACUCCACUGGGCUGCCGCCACCACAAACAAAGAAGCGACGAGGAUGCUGCUGCUUUCCGGAGCAGACAAGGAGGCGAGCGAUAGCGAAUGUCUUACCCCGGAAGAUGUGGCGAGCUCGUUCACUAAAAAAUUAUUCAGUGUGUAUUGAAUGUUGUGUCAAUAAGCUUUCUGCUUUUGUACCUCUUAAGUUUUGUGAAAAUGAGUAAUUUAAGUCUACUUUUCCAGUUGUAUCAAAGAAAGCUUUCUAAUAAAAUAUUUUGCAGGAUUUCUACUCCAUUGACUGCCUUCCGGGGGGUAGCUGCUAUUAAUGUAGUGAUGAAAUUACAAUGAGAUGAAUACCCCUAGCUGCAUACAGGUGUCACUACAUGUCGACGGGGACAGUUGAAAAUGCGUGGCCCGACCUGGACUCGAACCCGGGAUCUCGUGCUUACGUCAUAACUCAAAGUGCAUUUGAAACAACACAACUAAAAUGUUUGCGGGAAAAAGUCAUUUUGGAACGGUGUAAUGGUCAUUGCAUACAUUCACAUUUUGCUUAGUAAAACAAAAAAAAUUUUUUAUUAAAGUAGUACUUUUCCAAAUUUUAACAAUUUGACACAUUUGUCCUAGUCGGCUAAUAUCAUUAACAUUCUGUAAAUGCUAUUACCCGAGGGGGGUGUUGUAACGGAACAUAUUAAAGGCUUUACUGUACUGAAGUAUGCAAUACCCUCCAAAUUCAACCAGUUUAACGAGUAUUUAUGAUUAUAGAAAAGUUAUUGUGUAUGCUGACAAUGAUUGCGUAACAUGUCUCCAUAAACAGUCAACCCAUUAAAUUAUACUGAAUAACUAACCCACACAAAAGUUAAUAUCACUUGAUCACUGAUACAGCAAAUGUCAUCAUGUAAAAACACUGAGUUCAUCUUAAAUAAUUAAUAUGAAGUACGAAAAAUAGUGUACAACUUAGGUAUUUUGGAUCUCCUUAAAUAAAAAUCACCCAGUGAAACCUAUUUGUUCACUAGGAGCGAUUUCACUUAGUAUUCACGAAAUCAAUCCUGUUUUAGACGAAAACCAAUGUAUUUCAUAAUAAUUCAUGUUAAUUACUUAUUUAUGCAAAUUAGAGAAGUAAAUUGACAAACUUCUAGAAAACGGACUUUUUGUAACAAAGAAUUAUUCUGUCAAGUCAACAAAUCUGUCUGUCUCAUUUUAAUAACAUGUUAAAUUAUGUCACUCGAUGCAAAUUAAUAACUUUUCUGCACAAAUUAUGAUAACAGAUGUACAUGUGACUUGUAAACUAUAUCUCUUUUUAGUAGUUCUUUGACAAGGUUAUAAAUACGAGCAGCAAGAAGGGUCGAAAGGCAGUCGAAAUGUCACUUUGGUACAGUGUGUUAGUGUGUUAUUGUUUGAGGUGGAUAAACAAUGCAAAGAACAUGUAAAGGAAGUUGUGUUGUGUCAUAGUCUUUGGUGGACAGUGGAAUUAAGAUGGCCACCAGAGUAAUAAAUAUUUGAAGUUUACAUAUUUGUUGGUUUUGUUCAUUCUUUAUCAUCAAAAGCACAUCAAAAAAAAAACACACGGGACCUCAUGUUUUUAACCCUAGACAACCAGAUUUAGAGCCAACAUCAACAUCGAGACACAGCAGCGAUCCAGCAAGCAGCAGUGAUUACUACAAUGCAUUUUAAUGGCGCCAACCUAACAUCAAGUGCUAACAAGCUCCGUAAAUGGGAGUGAAAUAGUGCGACAAUAUCUACGACCAGGCGACCAUUACAAAAUUUGCAUAAAUAAGUAAUUAACAUGAAUUAUUAAGAAAUACAUUGGUUUUCGUCUAAAACAGGAUUGAUUUCGUGAAUACUAAGUGAAACCGCUCCUAGUGAACAAAUGGGUUUCACUGGGUGAUUUUUAUUUAAGGAGAUCCAAAAUACCUAAGUUGUACACUAUUUUUCGUACUUCAUAUUAAUUAUUUAAGAUGAACUCAGUGUUUUUACAUGAUGACAUUUGCUGUAUCAGUGAUCAAGUGAUAUUAACUUUUGUGUGGGUUAGUUAUUCAGUAUAAUUUAAUGGGUUGACUGUUUAUGGAGACAUGUUACGCAAUCAUUGUUAACAUACACAAUAACUUUUAUAUAAUCAUAAAUACUCGUUAAACUGGUUGAAUUUGGAGGGUAUCGCAUACUUCGGUACAGUAAAGCCUUUAAUAUGUUCCGUUACAAUACCCCCCUCGGGGGUUGUGCAAGACGCAUCAUUUUGUGACUAUUGUGUUCUUAGGCAUAAGAUUUGUGUACAAUUUUCUACAGUUAAUCCGAUGUUCACCAAGUGUGAUGUUUGUGUUAUGUUGUGACCAAUUUAAGUGUCCAAUUUUAGUAUUAAUAUGUUCUUGUACUGUCUUGACUAUGCGUCUCAAUGGGAGACAAGUUUUUUAAAUAUUUCCUUUUUUUUGCAAGUGCAUAUUAUAUUCAUACAUGUGACUUCUCUAGUGUUUGUGUUUAUAUAUCAUGUCCAUACUUAUAUUUAUGUUCUCUGUUUUCCAUUUCUUUUAUGUGGCUCUAAAAGAGCAGACAGUUGCAAUAUUUUCCUAUGGACAUAUGACCUGUCCAUCUAUGUAAUAUAUUUAUGUUCCUUCUAUUAUCUUGAUUAAUCUGUGACUCAAUGAGAACUGACUUUGAAAUAAUUUACAUAUAUUUUUGAUAUAUCUUAAAAUCGCAUGUGAUAUAUUUGUGUCUGUUUUUAAUCAUUUUCCAUGUGGCUCACUGGGAGCAAAGAUUAACAUUUUUUUGUCAUAUAUUACUAAUUAUUUUUAUUAUGCUAUCAUACUGAAUGACAUAACACAAAGUGCAUUUGAAACAACACAACUAAAAUAUUUGCGGGCAAAAGUCAUUUUGUAACGGUCAUUGCAUACAUUCACAUUAUGCAUAGUAAAACAAAAAAAAAAAAAAAAAAAAAAA